CCAAACAAUGGCCGCCCACAGUAGCCUUGGAGGUUUUGGUUGUGAAUGUUGACAAAUUCUCUGUUUUUGUCGCUUUUGGGAGGAGAUUCCUGGGUAAUUCUGCUUGUUGGUCUUUGUGAGAGAUUCCUGGCAUUUGGCAAGCAUGUUCCAUCCAUCCAACAGCAGCGCGACCCUCCGCCAGUCCAAGCCCAUGCCGAAGUGGCUGUGGCUCUGCAUCUCCAAGUCCCUGGGCAUUAAGACCCAUCCGCAGGACAAGCCCAUCUUGGCUACGGCUCUCUACAUCUUCACACUGGCCUGCACUAUGACGUACUUCGUCACGUGCAGUUGGUACGUCGUCUAUGAUAUUGAAGCCACUACCACCAAGUACGACGUCCUUAACGGCUCGGUGACGAUCAUCAUGGCGGCCGGCUUUUGUUGCGUCACGGUCUACGCCAACCUCCUAGCCUUCAAGCUCUUCAACAACUCGGUCUUCCGCCAGAGCCUGCGACUUCACUCCAAGACCAUUCUGAAGGUCAACGCCUCCCUCUUGCUAGUGGUACUCAGUCUUCUGUUCAUUGGCAUAUACGCCUACAUCUCGUACUGUUCGGAGUCCGGUGCCGAACCGUGCGAGAGUGUGAACCUUAGCCCCAUCAUAUGCUACAUUCGCUUCCCCAGUCAAACGGUGCUGUCUGUUAUAUCUUUCAUCUGGAACCUCAUGGUGGCCGUGGUGUGUAUGUCUGUUUGUCGGACUCACACCAUCAGCAUCCGUCAUUUCUUGCUUGAGCUAGACGACGAUGCCAUGAUCUAUGAGAUGCAGAACCGAAACAGUGCGAUUCCAAUCACGAUGUCAGACGGGGCGUCAGUCCAAGAGAGGCAAUUGGAGGAAUCCGUCGGGGGUGACGACACCCGAUUGGACAUCAAAGAAGAUCUGGAUGUGCGCAGAAUCGAAGCGGCCUGGGAUAGGAGUGAGUUUGAGAGGAGGCAGCAUCGCGUCUCGUCUUGUCUGACUGACGGGCACGCGGCGUUAGCCGAUGGAGACGGUCUAGAGCAGGAACUGCCCGACACUGCAGCUGACCAUGCUGACAGGGGGCCAGGAACCACAAGGGGCGUUGUGCCGCGCCAGAGGGAGUCUGUCACAUCAGCUUUUGUCCACACUGGAGCCGUGAAACUACUCACAAAGGCCGAAAUUCUGGACCGCUACUGGAGGCUGCAGUGUCGUCUGAACACGACCUCUGCCAUCCUCCAGCGCUGGAUCACGUGCUGGAUCAUCCUGAUCCUAUUAUGGAGUCUCUAUUACCUCAUGUACUGGAUUGACCAUGACGCCAGCAUCUUAGACAUGAUCAUCUUCUUCAUACCGCUGUUCCUCUUGCCGCUGUUGUGCUCUGGACCGAUAGAGGUCAACGGGGAAGGGGAGCGAGUCGCCAAGAUGAUUUGCCCAACACACGAACGUAUGGAGGUCAUCAUGUUCAUCCGACAGGCCCCACUUUCCUUCACUAUCUAUGGAUUUGUGCUGAACUACUCCACCAUCGUCACCGCCAUUCUGGCCAUCGCGGUUGCCUUUGGAACCAAAAUCAUCGUUGGGAACUUGAGCGGUGAAGGACUACCAAUCAUCAGUACGGUAGCACCUCAUCAGGUAGUGUAACUCCAAGCACUUGAUCAGUGACUGAAUUCCAUGGUUCAUUUCAACUAACAACUAACACUUACUACACCACAUGCGGGGGAGUGUGGUCUAGUGGUUUGGGUUUGUGACUCAUGAUCAGAGGGUCAGGGGUUCGAUUCCAGCCGCCGGCCAUAUGUUGUGUCCUCGGGCAAGCCACUUCACCCCCACUUGCCUCUCUCCACCCAGGAGUAUAAAUGGGUACCGGCAUUAGCUGGGGAGUAACCUGCGAUGGACUAGCAUCCCAUCCAGGGGGAAUAGAGAUAUUCUCAGUUGUUUCAUGGCAAGGAAGCCGGAGAUAAAUGCUGGCCUGAUCGGCUGUAUUGGCUCAUGACAGACUUGACUUUUACGCAACAUGUGGCCCAAGAAGUUUCUGGAGGUAUGGGGUGUUUCUGCAGAUAUGGGGUUGUGACUAUGGGGUUGUGACUAUGGGGUUGUGACUAUGGGGUUGUGAUCAUGCAAUGUUUGUUUAUUUUUAAAGAGAUUGUUACAAUUGCCAUGUAAUGUCUAUGCAACUAGUUUUUAUAUAUAUAUAUAUAUAUAUAUUAAAGUUCUGUUGGCCAACUCCUACACACAGACCCAUGUGGAUGGUGUAUACGUAUAUAGCCACUUACCAAAUAAAUACUGUUAUUUGAAGGAAAAAAAUGAUUCUUUAGGCCAAAAAAGAAAGUCUCCCGUUUCUGGUAUGCGC